GGAGUAAUAAACCGGUAAACUCGGGUGACCGGUAUCUUAUUUUACGAUAUAUGAAAAAAUUAAAAGAUUUACGAUUGUACGAUAAUGAAUUUCUUCUUAUACAUAUGGAAGCCGAAUUACAAAUUAUAAAUUUAUUAAACGAUAGCGAUGAAUAUAAUGUGAUAAUUCAUGUUGGAAAAGGCGAAAACGUGAAAACGUUUCAGGCUCAUUCGUUGAUCUUAAGGGCUAGGUGUAGUUACUAUAAAACUGCUUUAUCCAAACAAUGGGCCAAGAAAGAAGGUGAUUCUAGCGUUUUACGACAACCUAAUGUUACUCCAAAGGUUUUCGAAAUCAUUCUCAAAGAUAUAAUGGAAGUGCUAGAAAUAUUAGCAGCUGCCGAUGAAUUAUUACUCACAGAUCUAUUGGAUUUCAUUCAAGAUCAUUUAAUAGAAACAAAAUCGGAAGCCAUUCUACCUCCGGAAUUAGAAGAUGAUAUAGUAAGAUGUCAUUUGAAAGUUGGUAGUCGACCUACUUUCGGUACAAAUGCUCCAAGAGGAAAUUCGGUUUUAAUAGCCCAUCAACAAAUGUCAAAAAUUGCUGAUUGGAUUGAUAAGAAUGACAUUUCUACUUAUAUCGAUGCAAAAAUUAGUAGGGUUAGCAGGUAUAAUUAUGCUAUCACCAUGAAGGAUGAAAGUCAUGGUCCUUGCUUUGGAGAUAAAGAUCUUUGGAUGCAAGGUGAUUUUAGUCAGCCUGAUAGUUGUAGUUCUAAAGAAGACGAUUACGAAACUUUGAUUACAAAACACCGAAAAUUUUCCGUUUCUGAAUAUGAAGUCUUUAAGGUCAUUAAGAAAUAA